AUGUCUCUGGACGAGGAAGCUCUCCAAAUAGCCGCCAAUGGCGGCCCCAUGGAUUUAGAGAGAUGGCACGGCAUGGCUGGGCCACUGAUUGAGCGGCUGGAAUAUAUCGUUUACAAUGUGUUCCCAAUGCCUCAAGUGCGCCCCGAACCCAUCGGCCAGCAACCAUUUCCCAACCAUUCUUCCCAGGAAAACCCCAUUCCACCCGAAAGCAGCAACAAGGAAAACACCUCCCCUGCCGAUAUUCAGACUUCACUCCAGGCAGCGCGAACAGGCUCUUCCCCGUCGGAUGAGCGAGUGCCAGACUCACAGCCUCAGCCAUCUGGUGCGAGCACGGAUGGCCGGCUUCCACCUCAGCUUGCAUUUCUUCUGAGCGCCAUCCGCUCGUCUAUUAAAUCCUUCUUCGAGGAUAAACCCCCACACACCAUUCAGAGGCUCGCAGAGCUGGUACUCUACCCGACCAAGCACUAUAGAACGUUACCCGCAUACCUACGUGCUGUCGAUCGUGUUGUCUCAGUCACAAGCUCCGCAGAUAUUUUCCCAUUUCAGACGUCGGCUGGCACGAAUGCUCAGACAAACGGGCUAGGUCUUGCUGGCAAUAACGGUGGGGCUUAUAUGCCCCCCGACUUUGCACACAGUCUUGGAAGCGACGAAUCUCUGGGCGGUGCGCUACUUACUCCGAUCCCGUGGUUAACCAAUGCCUCCUUUGAAAGCGAGGAUGCCAAUGGAGAUGCAGGCAUACUAGUCGAGGGCACUGAAGCUUUACCUACACAGCCCCAGGAGGAAUCGGGCACCACAACUCUAGUAGCCCCCGAAGCCGAAGAAGGGGCUGCUACCGCCUCACCAGAGCCCUCUGAUGAGGUCCCUCAUGCUCGUGGCCCAGUUCUCCUCGGCGUGGAAGACAUGGGUCUUCAAGAUGGCAAAGGCAUCGAGAUGCGUCUUAGCACAGAUGGCGCCGCCGAUGUCCCGGCUGCAGCCGCUGCCACUGCUACUCAGGCAAUAGAAGAACAGGAAAAGGCCGAAUCAACUGCCGACAAGGACGGUGAUAUUGUCCUUGCAGACACGAAACCGAAAGAAGAAGAAGCCAAGAAGGAAGAGGACCCUUCUACAGAGCCCCAAGCAGGCAAUGCAGAACCUGAACCCACUGGUGAUUCAUCCGAAGCGCCGGACGCCGAGAAGAAAGCAUAA